UUAUUCUCAGUGCAUUGGACAAGAAACUCGAGCCUCAUCACUGUCUCUGUGUGCUCAAUGUUGCAAGAAAACAGGGUGACCGUGCCUUAGUGAAAAGGCACUCAAAGAAGCAUUACCACAAUAAUUACAUUUGGAAACAGGCGACUGCGUUUACCGGUACCUUGCUAAAAUAGUAUUUUAUAUUAGUUUGAUAAUGUCGGUGGGCAUUCAGUCGGGAUUUUCAAGUGAAGAGGUUCUGAACGUUCGCUUCCCACUCCACCGGGCGUGCAGGGAUGGAGAUAUCGGUGCGUUGUGCUCGCUUCUUCAGUGCACCUCAAACCCGGCGGAUUUAGCCGUGGAGGACUCUUUCUAUGGCUGGACACCCAUACAUUGGGCUGCUCAUUUUGGAAAGUUGGAGUGUGUGAUGCGUCUGGUGCAGGUGGGCUGUGGGGUCAACGCGGUGACCACAAGGUUUGCUCAGACACCCACUCACAUCGCUGCGUUUGGGGGCCACCCAGAAUGCCUGCUGUGGCUGCUGCAAGCUGGCGCCGACAUCAACAGACAGGACUAUGUGGGUGAGACACCCAUCCAUAAGGCUGCCCGUGCAGGCAGUUUGGACUGUGUCAACGCUCUCCUGAUUCAGGGGGCGAAAGCUGAUAUGAGGAACGCUAGUGGGCUGUCCGCCGCUGACCUGGCCCAUGCCCAGGGGUUCCGCGAAUGUGCUGAGAUGCUCUCCAAUGCGCAGAACCUGCAGCAGAACCUGACCCAGACCCAGCUUAACGGCUUCUGUCUGAAUGGUACCACCCAGAACGGAGGCCACUCCCACCCUCUCAUCCUAGGGCGGAGCCUCCUUAACGGGGCACCCAAUAGAAAGAGAUCGUUUGAUAACAUGGAAGCCAAUCAAAUCAAGAAGGCCAGAACUGACGGUAUGGGCCUGCCGCUGGGGAUGCUGAAUGGGUCGGUCUGCGGCGUUGGAAAGUUCCUGAUGGAGAGCAUACACCAGGAGAGCAUGGAGUCAGCGCCACCGGCAGUGAGCUCAGGUGGGCCAGGACCCUUGGCGUUUGGGAUGAAUGGGUCUGCGCCGGUGCCAGGCCUGGUGGACCAGGGGGGAGUGGAGGUGUCCACACCGGCCCCUAAGGAGCUGGAGAUCUUCACUGUGGCCUCCAUGCAGAUCCCCUGUCGCUGCACUAACUCCUAUGCCUACCUGUAGAGACCUUAGAGUGCAUGUAUUGAGUUGAGUGUUGACCCUCCUAGUCAUUGUAUCUUGGUAGAAUGUCCAUCAGGCCCUCUCUGGCCAUGUUCUCUCACUGAUGGAAUUAAUUUUAGUGCCAUUGUUGGGUUCUUGGCAUGAUAAUGAUAUAUUUCCGGGUUCUAGAAAUAAAGGCAUAAAUAGUUAAUUUAUUGUAUUCUACAUACAUGUUAAGAAAUCCAUUGCCUUGCUACCAUACUUAAUUGAUAGAGAAACAUUAGUUAUGUUUUGUUGUUAUACCAGGUUCUUUGAAUGAUUCACACAAUUCUUGUUAAAUAAUCUUGUGUUUUUGGCAAAGCCCCUUAGGAUGAGUGACUUCUGUUUUGCACAAUUAUCCCUCCACACCCUACAUUGCCCAAUGGUAACUGUAAUAAUGUUGUAAAAUUCUAAUCUACAUUCCUUUGAUGUAGAAACGCCCACACCUUGGAACAACUUACUGAAACCAGCCUCACUUGGUUUCCGGAGAAGAAUAGGGUGAGACUUCGGUUAGUUCAAAUCCUAGAGGCUGCACUGAAGUUUCCCUCCGCAUCUGACCUUUACGAAGUUAGACCAGUGGUUCCCAACUGUUGUUUAACCAUGGCACACCUUGAUGGGAUAGCAUUUCACUAUUAAUUUAUUUAGUGGUAAUGACCUCUUAUUUUAUCCGAUCCAUACAGCAAAUCUAUUUUCUGUGACAAAUGUUUUUUAUACAUUAAAUAUGGUUUGUUUGAAAUA